GCGAGCAGUCACUGCAAUGCAGUAGAAGAGCCCAUGGCUGACUAACUCAAUUGGUGAUUGUCCAGGCUAAUCGGACGACACAAGGUGAUUCAGAAUGCUUGAGGUGAUAAAUCUCCGAGAUGGUGAAAUUCUUCCCCAUCCGCUGUGCUUGCUCAGGGUUGUUGGAGCUCAGGAAGAGUCGACUUGUGCUGCAAUCCACAACCAGAGUGAUGACAGCCGAAAUGGGAAGUUGUGGAAGAUUCAUCAGGGGGGAUUUAAUGCUUUAGUUCCACUAGUUGCUGGGAAGAAUGCUCUGCGAAUAAUUUGUGGAACAGAGGAACUGACCAUACAGGUGGAAUAUAAGCCUCAGCAGAUCCCAAGGUUUAUUCGUCUAGUUUAUAUAACCUGUUUGAAUGAAGAGAAGUUUCAGGGCCCAAAGGAUAUGGAGAGAUCUCCAAACACAGCUGUUCGGAAAAUCAGAACUGGAGCCCUUGUCCUACAGACUUUCAUAGCAGAAACACUGGCAGCAGAGGGUUUAGGUCGACGCACUGUUCGUUAUGAAUUAGAUACAGAAGGAAACCCUAUUGUUCAUGUGAUCCAGCUUCCUUUGACCAUUAAAGAAGCACAUAAAUUUACAGAAGAACGUUUAUGGGAGACAGCAGCUUUGCAGAUAUUGUCAUCUCAUUUAGCGGAUAAAAACUGCAAAUAUGUUGCAUUUUUUGGUGGCACAAGGUACCUCAAUCAAGAUAAAUUAAUACCAAAAGAUGAAACAGAAAUAAUGUCCCUUACCAAAGGACAUGUGUCAUUAGGAGGUGGUGGCUUAGCAUUGGUUGGCACAGGAGCCCUUUAUACUUGGGCAACAAAUGUUGAUGAUGUGAUUGAUGGAAUGCGAGACCAGACACCCAUUGAUAAGGCUGUCUUAAUGGACUUCAGUGCUGGAAGG